CUUCUUAAGCCUGUUAGAAGUUUUAAGGGACUUUUUCAUUAUUUUUGAAGCAAACUUGAAAAUUAUCUGAAUGAAACAGCUUUGCGUCACUGUCAAAAAGAUUCAUGUCAACGAAAGUUCUUAAAAUGAAAGCCGAACGCUUUUCUGGGCAACUUCCGCGUAAAGAGAUAAUGCAGUAAUUUCGAAAACAGAGCCAAGGCCUAAGGCUCCUCUAAAGCCUUACCGAGGCCAAGUGAGUAUAAGUUGGCCUUGCCAGUGCUAAAGAACUAUCCUGGGCGCGAGAUGUCACUCGAAGUACUAUUUUUGAUGGAAAAGGCGGGAGUCUAAAAUAGGGAAAAAGAAAAUAAAAAUAUACAAGCCUAUGGAUACAGGAAAGAAACAGCAUAUAUUCUUAGUACCAGAGGAACAUAUCAAACAGAAGUUUUCUGUUUUGCGCUUGAAACAUCCUAGAACGAGUACUCCAGUAUUAUGUGCCUUAAAUUCCUCUAACAAAUUAUAUGAAGUUUUACAUCACGUUGAUGAAUUAUCAUCAUGGUUUUAUGAGGAAUCUGUUAUAAAAGAUGGUAGUUUAUUUUUUUUAACUCCAGCUGAUCCGCUAUUCUUUGUUCUUCCAUACAUUAACCAGGAUGGAAAAUUCUGCCCUUUAGAAGAUCUUCUCAUUGAUGAAAAUUAUCCAGAUAUUCACAACUUAACUAAAUGCUGUGACUCUGAGGAACUCUUGAAUAUUUUUGAUUCAAAAAAUGCAGCUGGAUAUAAAGUAUACUGCUACAAUAAAGAUAAAACUCUGCAGUGGUUGCAAACAAAAGUUAAAUAUUUAGCCAUGUCUCUGGAGAAUAAAAAUAUUCACAUAAAUGAUGGUUCUAAAGCUGCAUCAUUACAAGUUGAUGAUGAAGAAGUUGAUCCAAAAGUGCUAAUGGAAUAUUCAUGUCAUAUGGUAUCCGAAUAUCUCUCAGAUGAAGUAUCAAAAGACUUAUUUCUUAGUCUUGGGUUCGAACAAGUACAAAAGAAGUGUCAGCAGAAAAAUCAAGUUAUACAGAAUAAAUCAAAAGAUGAGCAUCUAAACCCUGUCGAGAAUUGCAGUAAAAAGUUAGAUAGCAGCAUCUUGCAGGAUAAGAAAAAAAGCAAGCUGUCAACAGCACAGAAGCAGUUGUUAAAAGUGGAUAAGACUGGAAUGAAGAAUAUUUCAUCAUUUUUUCUAAAAAAAUAAUUCUUUGUAUGUGUGCAUUAGCAGCAGUUCUUACCACCAUAAGAAAAAAAAGUUAAAUAAAAGAACUGUGAAAAAUG